AUGAAGCUUCUUCAAUCAUUAAUCACUAUGGGUGGCAUACUUUCAACAGCUGUGCGCCCCUCCACGGCAGCGCCGACGAACAUCACGGAGCGAGGUCUCCAAGGCUACACAAAUGCAGUCUACUUCACUAAUUGGGCGAUAUACGGCCGCAAUUACCAGCCCCAGAAUCUUCCAGCAUCGCAGAUCACCAAUGUCCUUUACGCCUUCAUGAAUCUUCGCGCGACUGGUGAAGUUUACACCGCCGACACCUACGCCGAUCUGGAGAAGCACUAUCCUACUGAUUCUUGGAACGAUGUCGGCACCAACGCCUACGGAUGCGUAAAACAGCUUUACCUUUUGAAGAAGGCAAACCGCCGAAUGAAAGUCAUGCUCAGCAUUGGAGGUUGGACAUGGUCGACCAACUUCCCUGCUGCCGCCAGCACGCCCGAUGACUGGGGCUUUGACGGCAUCGAUAUUGACUGGGAAUAUCCAGCCGACGCCAGCGAAGCAGCCAACAUGGUCCUCCUGCUUCAAGCAGUCAGAAGCGAGCUGGACUCCUACGCCGCCCAGUACACUCCCGGCUAUCACUAUCUGUUGACUAUUGCUUCACCCGCUGGCCCUAGUCACUACAACGUCUUGAACCUCAAAGCAAUCUCUGAUGUUAUUGAUGCUUUCAACUUGAUGGCGUACGAUUAUGCCGGUUCCUGGGAUGCAAAUAGCGGCCACCAGGCGAACUUGUACCCGAACCCGAGCAACCCAUCUUCGACGCCCUUCUCCACCGAUGCCGCCGUCAACGAUUACCUCGCAGCCGGCGUACCAGCCGCGAAGAUCGUUCUCGGCAUGCCCAUUUACGGUCGCUCGUUCGAACAGACCAAUGGCAUCGGCCAGCCGUUCACUGGCAUCGGUAGCGGUUCCUGGGAGAACGGAGUGUGGGACUACAAGGCUCUUCCUCGAGCGGGCGCCACCGAGCUUUAUGAUGCCACGGCAGUUGCCUCCUACAGCUACGAUUCGGCCGCCAAAGAGCUUAUCUCUUAUGACACCCCCGCCGUUGUGCGGACCAAGGUCUCGUACCUGACAGGCAAGGGCCUCGGUGGUUCCAUGUUCUGGGAGGCUAGCGGCGACAGAACUGACAGUGGAAGUCUUCUGGCGACUAGCUUCAAUGCCCUCGGUGGUGCGAGCACCCAGGACCAGAGUCUCAAUCAGCUGAGCUACCCCAACAGUCAGUACGACAACAUCCGCGCGGGUGUACCAGGCGGUUGA